AGCCCAGCCCCCACACGCCUAACCGGCCUGCCUGAACGGGGAGGGAAGCGCGCCUGAUGAGAAGCGCCUGUCCUCGCUGUGGGCAUUUAUCCAAAGCUGCGUCUCCGCUAUAGGACUUUACCAAUGACACUUGCCACUACUUUGUGUUUACACGCAACCGGAAGCUGUUUUCCACUUCUUUUUCGACACUUGUGCAAGCUAACGGCACAAAGACGCUCAGCCAGGCAGCUAGCCGAUGUAUGCUAACAGCAACUAGCUCGCUAACAACACAGCCGGUGAGGACGAGUAAGCACAUCCAUGACACCCUGUUGAACCUCGGCCGACUCGCUCCGUUUCACACGGGCGCCGUCACCGUCUCGGUCCGUCGACAUCGCCUGUCAUAUGUUUUUUUCUGGCUUUCCCCGACCGAUGUUCCUGCCUAGCUCGGCGUCUGCCGCACGCUCUCUCGCUAGCCUUGCUGUGACACAAGGAUGGUGGCUCUACCGACAAAACACGCUAAUUGCACAAAGUGAGGCGAACAGUCCGGCCAAGUGAGAUGAAUGUUUAUAAUGUGUUCAUGUAAACCUCGGAGGUAAGAACGGCAAUCCUCGCUCGGCGUCAUACUGACACUGGCAAUAUCGCUAACCGCUCUGGGGGGAUUAUUUUUUGUCCCUAAUUGGAUUUCGGCCUCCUGUUCUGGAUUGUCGUGGACGCACAGUUGAACCUAAAACUCUUUUCCGACGACCCCCUCCCCGCCACCCGAACAUCCCAGCCACCUCCGAUGCGGAGAUUCCAGUGACACCGGCUACCAACCCUCCCGCGGCGGCCGGACAUGCUGAAGUGUAUCCCGCUGUGGCGCUGCAACCGCCACGUCGAGUCGGUGGAGAAGCGGCAUUGCAACCUGCAGGCGGUCCCAGAUGAGGUGUUCCGCUACAGCCGCAGCUUGGAAGAGCUUCUGUUGGAUGCCAACCAACUCAAGGAGCUUCCUAAGCCUUUCUUCAGACUACUGAACCUACGGAAGCUUGGCCUGAGUGACAAUCAAAUCCAGAGACUGCCUUCCGAGGUGGCCAACUUCAUGCAGCUGGUGGAGCUGGACAUAUCCAGAAACGACAUUCCGGAGAUCCCUGAGAGCAUUAAAUUUUGCCGGGCCUUGGAGAUCGCAGACUUCAGUGGAAACCCCCUCUCUAGAUUGCCGGAUGGUUUUACUCAACUGCGAAUACUGGCUCACUUGGCGCUCAACGAGGUGUCAUUGCAAGCUUUGCCCAGCGACAUUGGAAAUCUGGCCAACCUGGUGACGCUGGAGCUGAGGGAGAACCUGCUUAAGUCCCUACCCACGUCACUGUCUUUCCUGGUGAAACUGGAACAGCUGGACCUGGGGAGCAAUGAACUGGAAGUGUUGCCGGACACCCUAGGUGCUUUGCCCAACCUGAGGGAGCUUUGGCUGGACCGGAACCAGCUGUCCGCGUUACCACCAGAGUUGGGGAACCUCCGGAGACUGGUGUGUCUGGACGUGUCUGAGAAUCGUCUGGAGGAGCUCCCGUCUGAGCUCAACGGUCUCCUGGCUCUCACCGACCUGCUGCUCACACAGAACCAGCUGGAGGUCGUUCCAGACAGCAUAGGCUGUCUGAAGCAACUUUCCAUUCUGAAGGUGGACCAGAACAGACUGACUCACCUGACUGACUCCAUAGGAGAGUGUGAAAAUUUAACAGAACUCGUAUUGACCGAGAACCUUCUCCAAACACUUCCUCGCUCGCUGGGCAAGCUGAAGAAGCUGACCAACUUGAAUGUAGACCGCAACCGCCUGGAAGCUGUGCCCAAAGACCUUGGGGGUUGCACCAGCCUCAAUGUGCUAUCGCUGAGAGACAACCGCUUGGGAAAACUGCCCGCCGAGCUUGCAGAUGCUACGGAGCUGCACGUUCUGGAUGUGGCCGGGAACAGAUUACAAAACCUGCCUUUUGCUUUGACCAACCUCAACUUGAAAGCCAUCUGGCUGGCAGAGAACCAGUCGCAGCCCAUGCUCAAGUUCCAGACCGAGGAUGACGAACGCACAGGGGAGAAGGUGUUAACCUGCUAUCUGCUGCCUCAGCAGCCUUCGCCUAGCCUCGAGAACCUGCUACAGAACAGCGUUGAUGACAGCUGGACAGACAGCAACCUGAACAGAGUGUCGGUCAUCCAGUUCCAGGAGGAGACCAAGGCCGAGGACGAGGAUGAUGAGGCCGCUGCAGAGCGUAGAGGCCUCCAGCGCCGAGCCACACCCCAUCCUAGCGAGCUGAAGGUGAUGAAGAAAGUAAUCGAGGAGAGGCGGAAUGAAGGCUUCACGUCUAGACCCGAGGGAGAUGAUCAGUUGUCUGAUGUGCAGGAAAAACGUCUCAGUGACCUUUCCAAUCAGAGCCAUGAUUCCCAGUUGUCCGACAGUACAGUGUCAGCCACCUCUCACGAAGAGAGGCGGGAAGCUGUUGUCCCCUCCCAGAGACAUAGAGAGGACCUUGUGGACGGUCACUCUCAUCAGGAGGAGGACCUGGAUGAAAUGGAGGUGGAGUACAUUGAGCCCACUGUGCACUUUGCAGAGGAGCCCAUCAUCCGCGUCGACGAUGAGGAAGACGGUGAAGAAGGCGAGGGGAGCGACGAGGACGACGAAAGGCCGCCCUUGCCUGCCGAGAAGCAACGCCUCAUCAGGAAGGACACCCCGCACUACAAGAAGCACUUCAAGAUCACCAAGUUGCCCAAGCCUGAGACGGUGGCAGCACUGCUGCAGGGCUUCAGCCCCGACGGCCUCAGCUCUCCGACCCAGGCCGCUGAGGAUGAGCAGGACGAGGAGGAAGAGGACACCAUUAGCACCCCUCUGCUCUGUCACAGAAUGGAGGCAUCGGAGCUGGAGGACAGCCGGUACCACGUUAAUUCCAGCCAGGUCAAGGGGGUGUCAUUUGAUCAAGUCAAUAAUCUGCUGAUUGAACCUGCUCGAAUAGAGGAGGAAGAGCACACCUUAACCAUCCUGCGCCAAACAGGCGGCCUCGGCAUCAGCAUCGCCGGCGGGAAAGGAUCAACGCCAUACAAGGGGGAUGAUGAGGGGAUUUUCAUCUCAAGAGUUUCAGAGGAUGGUCCUGCAGCUAAAGCAGGAGUCAAAGUGGGAGACAAACUACUGGAGGUGAACGCUGUAGACCUUCACGAGGCUGAGCAUCACACUGCCGUGGAAGCGCUCCGCAGCUCUGGUACGGCCGUCUCCAUGACGGUGUUGCGCGAGCGCAUGGUGGAGCCGGAGAACGCCAUCACCACCACACCGCUGAGGCCGGAAGAUGACUACUUCCCACGGGAGAGACGCAGCAGCGGGCUAGCCUUCAAUGUGGAGGAUGGUCACAAGAGUGGGCCUCUACAGCGGCUUUCCACCUGUCUUAUUCGAAAUGACAAAGGGCUGGGAUUCAGCAUCGCUGGGGGCAAGGGCUCCACUCCCUACCGCACAGGGGACACAGGAAUUUACAUCUCUCGCAUUGCAGAGGGGGGAGCAGCCCACAGGGACAGCACGCUACGCGUUGGUGACAGGGUCAUCUCUAUCAAUGGUGUAGACAUGACAGAGGCCAGACAUGACCAGGCAGUAGCGCUCCUUACUGGCACCUCACCCACUAUCGCCCUCCUGGUGGAGCGAGACCCCAACGCACCACGUUCGCCGGGUCUGUCCCGGCAGCGAGCCCACUCUCCUCCGCCCCCAGAACCCUCGGACUCUCCGGACCAGGAAGAAGAGGGCCUUACCGGAAACCAACUAGGCCAGGUGGAUGAGUAUCCCAUCGAGGAAGUGACUUUGGUCAAGUCGGGCGGUCCUCUCGGCCUGAGCAUCGUGGGAGGCAGUGACCACGCGAGCCACCCUUUUGGCAUCAACGAACCUGGAGUGUUCAUCUCAAAGGUGAUUCCUCACGGCCUGGCGUGUCAGAGUGGGUUGCGUGUGGGCGACAGGAUACUAGAGGUGAACGCUAUCGACCUGCGUCACGCCACGCACCAAGAGGCUGUGCGUGCGCUGCUGGCCAACAAGCAGGAGAUCCAAAUGCUGGUACGCAGGGACCCUUCGCCGCCUGGCAUGCAGGAAGUUGUAAUCCAUAAGCAGCCUGGGGAGAAGCUUGGCAUCAGUAUACGCGGUGGAGCCAAAGGUCACGCCGGAAACCCUUUUGACCCAACAGAUGAGGGCAUCUUCAUAUCUAAGGUGAGCUCAAGUGGCGCUGCUGCACGAGACGGCCGAUUACAAGUGGGCAUGCGCAUCCUGGAGGUGAACAACCAUAGCCUGCUGGGCAUGACGCACACAGAGGCUGUGCGGGUACUCCGAGCCAUUGGCGACUCCUUGGUGAUGCUGGUGUGUGACGGCUUCGACCCGCGCAACGUGACUAUUGUUGAACCAUCUCCUGGCAUCAUCGCAAACCCUUUUGCAACAGGCAUCGUCCGUAAGAACAGUAUGGAGAGUAUCUCUUCUAUAGACCGAGACCUGAGCCCAGAGGAGAUGGACAUCAUACAAAAGGAGUCUGAGAUGGUGCGAGAGACUUCACAGUGGGAGAAAGAAGAGAUGGAGAAAGUGGAGCGUAUGCGUUUGGAGCGAGAGGAGGCAACUCGCCUACUUGAAGAGGAGACUGAGAACAUUGGCACUGGACCUUUAAAGCUGGACUAUAAAACCCUGGCAGCACUACCCACAACCAGCUUGCAGAGGAUCAAUAGGUUCUCUUCCUCUGUAAGUCUGACCACCCCCAUGGAGGCCACCCUGCAGGCCCAGUACGGAGCCCCGUUAGAGGGCCUGGGUUUCGGCUUAAGCCACCCCUCGAACCACCACAUGGAUCUGGUGUCCUCUUCCCCCAGUCCGAUCAUAGAACACGGAUCCCAGUUCUCUCCCAAUGGACUCUCCAACACGGACAGUGUCAGUUCAGUCACUUUGUCAGUAUUAUCCGAGGAAGAGGAAUGCCUGGUGGAUUCUCAGUCCAUCUGCUUCAAGGAAAACCCUUUUUUGGUGGCAAACCGCAAAGGCAAGGGCCUACCGCCUGGCGAGCGGAUCCUAUCGGGUCCGCCAGUGGGCUACGGGAAGCAGGGCCAGCUGCAGCCUUGGUUGUUCAGCAAGACACCUUCUUCUGAGUACACCAGGACAGACAGUCCAGUCAGAGAUGCAUCUUACUCUCCCACCAUCCAACCGGCAAGCAUUCAUUUCACUUCCACCCCCAACAGCAAGGACCACCUUCCAUCAUCUACACGGCCGGGUGCCAUCCUGCCGGUUGGGCGCGUGCGGCCAAGCGCCUCGCUGGCCACUCCGGACGGCAACAAUCCCAGCCCCUUCCAGCAUGGCCCUUCCCCCUUCAACUCCCAGACCUCUCCUCGGGCCCCUUCCCCCACCUCGCCCGACGAGUUUCCCAUGAAUGCCAAGCAGGCGUACAAGGCGUUUGCCGCCGUGCCUCGCUCGCUGGCAGUGCUGGAGCCGCCGCAGGACCUAUAUGCUGUAAGGAACAAUUUCCAUCCAAAGCAACCUUCUCCGGAGCCUGAAUUGAACAAUGAAGUGUUCGACAACUGCAUUUACGGUCAAGAGGGAGCCAAUAAUUGUGGGACCAGCCAGAUCGGCGCCCGGUCCUCCCUCUCCCCUGACCGUUUGGAGUACAUGAGCCUGGCAGCUGUGCCUCGCCAUUCCAGGCCGUCCCUGGACAUGCAGAGUCCGUCGCCCAGUGGCAAGGACAGCCCAGAGCAGCGCUCCUUCAGGGACAGACAGAAAUACUUUGAGAUCGACGUGAAGCAGCAGACACCUGACAAGCCCAAACCUCGUGUCUCGCUCGUUGGGGAGGAUGACCUGAAGAAAAUGAGAGAGGAGGAAGAGCGUAAGUUUGAGCAGCGUGCGCGGGAGUACCUACUGGACGAAGAAGACGAGGAUGAGGACGAGGACCUGUCCAAGCAUGUGGCGCAGAUGAAGGUCACAGGCAAGGUGUUGCUGGAUGGAGUGGAGUACAACGUGGAGCCGGUGUCCACGCCAUCGCACUUGUGCUCUACGCCUCCCAGCUACUGUGGAAGUUCAGGGCCCUCGUCAGUAGAUGGUAGAGGAGACACCCCGAGGAAUUCACUGGAGGACAGCUUCAGACUGGAACAGCGACCCAACUCCAUGGCUGGGCUGCACCCAGUCUAUGGCAGCGAGUCUGCAGCUCCCAUCCGCACCGCCAAAGCGGAGCGCAGACACCAAGAAAGACUCCGCAUGCAGAGUCCGGAACUGGCCACAGCCCUAGAAAAGGACCUCUCCCCGGCCGAGAAGCGAGCCCUGGAGGCGGAGAAGAGAGCCAUGUGGAGAGCAGCACGGAUGAAAUCGCUGGAGCAGGAUGCGCUCAAAGCCCAGAUGGUCAUCGCCAAAUCUCGGGACGGGAAGAAACGCGGAACGCUGGACCAACUGACGGAGUCGCCCUCACCGGCGCCCACACCCUCUCCCACCCCAAUUGACGAGCUGAGUCCUCGAGGACUAACUUCUCCGGGCAGACUGUCCCUGUCGUCAAAGACGUUUGACUACCGACAGUUUGCCGCCAUUCCUUCUUCCAAACCAGUAUACGACAUCCAGUCUCCUGACGCGUUGGACGACCUGCAGUUCAUUGAUGACGCCUCCCAGCAUCCAGUCUCUGCUGCCGGUCUGGAGGCCGAGGUCUCCACCCCCUUGCCCGCCACCUCGGCCCUGGAGGAGAUGGCCCUCUACAGCAACAAGCGCAAACUGCGACAAGGGCGCCGCAGUCUGGAGACGGCCGUGCCCACGUAACACCACUCAGACACACACUCAUGCACACAUCCAGCGAGGAAGGGCGGGGGUGUGCAGCAUCAGUAUAUACACUACACUCUUUCACAGCCACCCUCGCAUCCCGCGUGCCAGCCUUGCCUUCAGUCGCCGUGGAGACAAGACCACAUCCCUUUUGCUUUGUUGCCUGUUAGAGACUGAUGAUUUUUUUAGCUUUUUAUUUUUUUAAAUCUCCCCGAAAAAUGGAGAAGAAAAAGAAGAAGAAGAAAUGGGUGGUAGUUGUAACUAACUAAUGUGUGAAAUGCUAUUUUUCCGUGACUAAAUUGUAAAAGGUGUUUUUUGGGAGUGUAAAUAAUAGUAAGAUGACAUCCUGCUACCUUCACACUCGCACUGUGGAGAGCUUUAAAAAAUCAUAUCAUCAUAGCACUGCCAUACAUCUUUUAGAGUAAUUUAUUAUUUUUAAUCCAAUGUAUUUUACUGUUGAGCACAAAGAGAAGAGUGUAACAUUCCCCUCUAAUAAUAUCAUAUCAAUAUCAUUUUUACAAGAAUGGUACUUACCCCUCAGCCCCCACUGGCUUCCUAUUUUCAAUCAAUGUGGUUAAUGAAGUGAGACGUGAAGGUAGCGGAUGCUUUAUUUUUCUGUCUAUGGGCUAAUUUAAUAAUCUGACAACACUGAGAAAUCAUUUCUUAUGGUGUGAAUAGUGUACAAAUAAUGAGAGAAAAGAAAAUGUUUUGUGGUAAAACUGAGCCAAUGUUGACCAAGCAAGUGUUUGGACUGCUGAUGCAUCGACCUGGGCAUGUUUCUUUCAAUGGCUCACUUAAUAAUAAUAAUACUAAAAACAUAUCUGACAUCCUUGCAUAGCCACAACAUAAAUGCUGUUCUAAUUUUAGCUGUGCAAGUCGCUCACAGACUGAAUCUAGCUACUAGUUGUUGUUGUUGUUUUUUUUUUU